UUGGUCUCUGCACGUUCGUGUUGGACUGACGGCUCUGUGUCCUCUCACUCUGUGUCCUCUCACUCUGUGUCCUCUCACUCUCUGUCCUCUCACUCUGCUGCACGCGCUCAUCACGCAGCCAUGACCAAGGUUGCCGUGGUAACUGGCAGUAACAAGGGCAUCGGUCUGGCCAUCGUCCGCGCGCUGUGCAAACAGUUUGAGGGCGACGUCUACGUCACAGCGAGAGACAAAGGCCGGGGCGAGGACGCAGUGAAAGCUCUGACCUCUGAAGGACUGAAGCCCAAGUUUCAUCAGCUGGACAUCAAUGACCUGAGCAGCAUCACCACGGCGGCGGCGUUCUUCAAAGACACGUACGGAGGAGUGGACGUCCUGGUCAACAACGCCGGCAUCGCGUUCAAAAUGGCAGAUCCGGCUCCAUUUCCUGUCCAAGCCGAGGUGACUCUUCAGACCAACUUCUUUGCCACCAGAGACAUGCUCACACACUUCGUGCCGCUCAUGAAGCCAGGAGGCAGAGUGGUCAACGUGUCCAGUUUUGUGGGGAGUCGAACCUUGAACCAGUGCAGUAAAGAACUUCAGGCCCGAUUCCGCAGUGAGGACAUCACAGAGGAUGAGCUGGUGGAGCUGAUGAAGAGGUUUGUGGAGAAAACUAAAAGUGACCAGCACAAAGAGGACGGCUGGCCCCAGACGGCUUAUGGAGUGUCCAAGACCGGCCUGACGGUUCUAUCCAUGAUUUUGGCUCGUCGGCUGUCCAAGGAGAGGCCUCAGGACAAUAUCUUGCUGAACGCAUGCUGUCCAGGCUGGGUACGCACAGACAUGGCAGGUGACAAAGCUCCAAAGUCUCCAGAUGAGGGCGCCAUCACCCCCGUGUACCUGGCACUGCUGCCCCCUGGAGCCACAGAGCCACACGGGCGCUUCGUCUCCGAUAAGGAGGUGCAGUCGUGGUGAAGUCAUUCCAGUUGCUGUGACCUUUACUCUCCACAGAGACGUCUCACAAUGUGCCGUUUAAACACAAAUCAAACUGCAAAAAUGUGUGUUUUUUUUUUUAUAUAAUCAAAGUUAAAAUACAACAAUUGAUGGGUAGAAUGAUUUUGAUUUUAAAUAAAUGCCUUUU